UUAAAAUAAUAAUUUUUUAUUGCAAUAUAUAUUUAUUUUAAUUUCGGAAUUACUUUAACAAACAAACAUCAAAUACUUAUGGACAGUGCUAAAAGAUUAAAAGACGUCUCGUCCAUAGAUGAAGACAUGCGAAUGUUAAUAGGAAUAAUCGCAGAUGAGGAAACUACAACUGGAUUCUUAUUAGCUGGUGUUGGGGAAUCAUUUGACGUAAUUAAAAGGAAUCGCAGUUUUCUAAUGGUAACAGAAGGUAAUAUUUUAAUAGUCAAUACACAAUCAAGUUAUGAGUUUCGUUCGAAAGUAGCUUGUGAAAAUGACAAAAUGCCACUUGAAUGCAAUCCUUAUUCAAGGAUUGCAAUAUACAGUGCUUCCUUUGGCUACAUAGAACGCGAAAGUGUACAAUGCCCGCAUAACAAUUCACAAAACGCUCCAGACACAAAUGCUAAACAGACUUGCCUGGUUUCUUAUGCUACGGAGACUGUUAUGCAAAUUUGUCACGGGCGACGACGUUGCUCUAUAACUGCGGAUGCUGGUACUUUCGGCAGACCCUGCAAAAACGAUAUACCCAUGCAUUUAAAGGUCGUUUAUACUUGCAGUAAGUACUAUGUAAUAUAUACGUAA